GAUAUGAUGACCUGACACUAGGAAAAAAAAUGGUGGUGGUUAUGUCACAAUUCCAAGUCGAUAUUUUGAUAAUAUGAAUUAAGAGAGUGGCUAACGAAAAAUGGCCACUCUAGUACGUACGACCUUUGUAAAAGUAUUGACUCCUGCUCACGGGGGAAAAAUAGCAGCAUGUGGCUUCGUACAGCACCGGAGCAUAAUGGGCAAAGCCCUGCGGGAAUCUCUGCCCCCACCACCGCCUAAACCAGCACCAUUCGAUUACGUGAACAAGGACUAUACAUGGCUACGAAGUCUGAUGGACCGUACAACACAUAGAUUGGAUGAGAAUUCGAAGGUUGUGGUUGUCGAAGGUACAGUUGCCUCUAAGAAGACGGAGUUUGCGAAAUGUCUGGCCGAAGAUCUUGGUAUGAAGCAUUUCCCAGAAGCUAAUAUGGAUCUUCACUAUAUAAGGCCCAAUGGAAUUGAUCUUCGUACGUUCGACUGUCAAAUACCUGAGGACGCUAGAACAUUCGAUCACGUUAACUUUAAUCGCAACCCAACACAUCGUCACGCUGGUAAUUUCCAGAUAAUGAUGUACACUGCAAGAUAUUCUCAAUAUAUUGACGCACUAGCCCAUUUAUUUAACACUGGCCAGGGUGUUGUAUUGGAGAGAUCGCCUUACUCUGACUUUGUCUUCCUGGAGGCCAUGUACAGCCAGAAGUACAUCAGCAGAGGAGUUCGCUCAGUCUACUACGAACUGAGGAACAGUACUAUUGAAGAACUUAUGAGACCUCAUCUGGUUAUUUACCUUGAUGUUCCAGUACCUAAGGUGAUGGAAGCGAUCAAAUGCCGUAAUUUAGACCAUGAGGUUAAUGGUAAAGCUAUGACAGCUGCUUACCUGACUGAGGUAGAGAGACAAUACAAGACCAAGUAUCUCCGUGACAUCUCAACUCAUGCUGAGCUCCUGGUGUACGACUGGACCGGUGGUGGUGAAGUAGAAGUGGUUGUAGAAGAUAUAGAGCGUUUAAACUUCGAUAAGUAUACGGAGCGUGAGGAGCCCAAGAUGAAGGACUGGCGUCUCCCGCGCGAGGUGGAGUGGGCGGACCAGAGGAUGUUGUACACCAACAAGAAGGACUAUCUCAUGAAUCUGCUGGCUAUACCCCGACUGGAUGUACCAGAGUUGAUCACCAGUGCUGAUGAUGCUUAUGAGAGGGAAAAGGUAAUCUAUGGUCAUCCUGACUUCCAGCAUUUAGAUGGCUACAACAAGAAGGACGGUGCUUUACUGACUAAAACCAAAAUGCCCAAAUACUCCGAGUAUGUUUAGAAAUGGAGCAUAACCAAUUAGAUUGUUUAAUAUGA